GCAGGGGGGAGGGAUCGAUAGCCUUAGAGGCGCAGGCGGAGGAGGGAUGGGUCUCGCCAAAGACGAGCUGGAGAUGGCGGAGCCAAGCGAUCGCUCGACGGACGGCGGGAAUCGGGGGAGGGACGAUCCGGAUUCCGCGGCGAAGGAGGAGGAGGAGAAGAGGAGCGGGGAGGACGUGGGCGGCGGCGGCGGCAAUCCGUCAGUGGAGAGGAUCUUCGAGGGGCUGGAGGUGCCGCCGUGGAGGAGGCAGCUGACGGGGAGGGCGUUCGUGGUGAGCUUCGCGGUGAGUGUCAUGUUCGCCUUCAUCGUCAUGAAGCUGAACCUCACGGUGGGCAUCAUCCCGUCGCUGAACGUCUCCGCGGGCCUCCUCGGGUUCUUCUUCAUCAAGACGUGGACGAAGGUCCUGAACAGGUCCGGGCUGCUCCAGGCCGUCCCCUUCACGCGGCAGGAGAACACGGUGAUCCAGACCUGCGUGGUGGCGUCUUCCGGCAUCGCUUUCAGCGGAGGUUUCGGGAGUUAUCUCUUUGCAAUGAAUGAGCGAGUUGCUAAUCAAUCAACGGAUAAGCAGGGCGCUCUUGAUUUCAAGAACCCAUCACUGCCGUGGAUGAUUGGUUUCCUAUUUGUUGUCAGUUUCCUUGGCCUCUUCGCCGUGGUUCCUCUCCGAAAGAUUAUGAUUAUUGACUUCAAAUUAACGUAUCCUAGCGGCACGGCAACUGCUUAUCUUAUAAAUAGUUUCCACACACCGGAAGGAGCCAAGCUAGCUAAGAAACAAGUCAAAGCAUUGGGAAAGUUCUUUUCCUUCAGCUUCUUGUGGGGCUUUUUCCAAUGGUUCUACACAGCUGGAGAUAAUUGUGGUUUUACAGAGUUCCCCACUUUGGGGCUUAAGGCUUUGCAAUACAGGUUUUACUUUGAUUUCUCCGCGACAUAUGUUGGAGUUGGGAUGAUUUGCCCAUACAUCAUAAAUAUCUCAGUCCUACUCGGAGGAAUUCUAUCCUGGGGUUUGAUGUGGCCUCUAAUAGAAACCAGAAAGGGAAAUUGGUAUCCUGCAGAGGAAAGCCCAACCAGCAUGCAUGGCCUUCAAGGUUAUAAGGUUUUCAUUGCCGUUGCCAUGAUAUUGGGUGAUGGGCUCUACAACUUCCUCAAGGUGCUUAGCCGAACGCUCUCUGGCUUGUACCAUCAGCUCCGAGACAGACAAACGAGGAAUGUUCUCCCCAUUGCAAAUGAUUCCUCUCCUGAGAACCCUCAAGUGUCUUAUGAUGACCAACGAAGGACACAGCUUUUCCUAAAAGAUCAAAUCCCGACAUGGUUUGCAAUUGCAGGCUACGUCACAAUAGCAGCCAUAUCCACAGCUACUCUUCCGCACAUGUUCCACCAACUCAAAUGGUAUUACAUUUUAGUCAUUUAUCUCUUCGCUCCAAUCUUGGGUUUCUGCAAUGCCUAUGGCUGUGGGCUCACUGACUGGUCCCUUGCCUCGAACUAUGGGAAGCUGGCCAUCUUCGUGAUUGGGGCAUGGGCUGGUUCCUCACACGGUGGAAUUCUUGCUGGUUUAGCUGCCUGUGGAGUCAUGAUGAAUAUUGUGUCUACAGCCUCAGACCUGACUCAGGACUUCAAAACGGGCUAUCUGACCCUGGCUUCACCACGGUCCAUGUUUGUGAGUCAAGUGAUUGGUACCGCCAUGGGCUGCAUUAUUUCUCCAUGCGUCUUUUGGCUUUUCUACAAGGCAUUUAAGGAUCUUGGACUCCCGGGAAGUGAAUAUCCUGUCCCCUUUGGAAUUAUUUAUCGGAGCAUGGCCGAACUAGGGGUGGAAGGCUUCUCUUCCUUGCCCAGACACUGCCUCACACUCUGCUACGGGUUUUUCGCGGCCGCCAUGAUCAUAAAUGGGUUCAGGGACUCGGUUGGUAAGAAGUGGGCCCGUUUCAUCCCGCUGCCGAUGGCUAUGGCAAUACCCUUCUACAUAGGGCCAUACUUUGCCAUCGAUAUGUGUGUCGGUAGCUUAAUCCUGUUCAUCUGGGAGAAAACCAACAAAGCCAAGGCCGACGCGUUUGGGCCGGCGGUAGCUUCAGGUCUGAUCUGUGGAGAUGGCAUAUGGACAUUGCCUAGCUCAAUACUCGCUUUGGUGGGGGUUCAUCCGCCGAUUUGCAUGAAGUUCCUGUCGAGAGCCAUGAACAGUAGAGUCGACGCCUUCCUGGGAUCUUAGUCCUGCAGUUUAAACUCACGAAGACGGCGUGAAAUCUCAAGCGCGUCGGAAGUCUCUGGAUGGACGUCGUGAUCUGCUCUAUCUUCCGUUUUUUCUUGCAAUCGUCUCCUAAAAUCCCAGUGAAGCAGUCGUAGCAACUGGUAGCUGUGAAAUUACUCUAUAUGUAACCCCAACUGGGUGGAGAAAAAAGUGUCUUGUGGCAAUAAACGUAUAUGGUAUUAUUGUCUUUUGUGCUUC